GUCGGGGUGCGCGCGCAGUUUGACAACCCGCGCUUUUUCCUGUCAGUCUUUCCUAAAACUUUUUUAGUGAUAACAUUCGAAUUUUAAAAUGAAUAAUCAAAUAGACGACGAACAAAUAACCAUGCUGCGGCGUGCAUUCAGUAUGUUCGACUCCAGUAAGCAGGGAAAAAUUGAGAAGGAAAAAGUACGGACGAUCCUCAACACCAUGGUCCACAGCUUUGAUGAUAAUGAGCUGGACCAGAUGCUUGAUAAUGAAGAUGUUGACGGAUCAGGGAAGCUGAACUUCGAUUCAUUUGUCCGCGUAGCCACACAUUUCUUGGACGAGGACGACGAAGCCUUACAAAAGGAGCUUAAAGAGGCUUUCAGGCUGUAUGACAAAGAGGGUAAUGGCUACAUCCCCACAUCGAGCCUCAGAGAGAUCCUCGCUGCAUUGGAUGACCAGCUCACGCCAGACCAACUCAACGAGAUGAUCGCUGAGAUCGACACAGAUGCAUCUGGCACUGUUGACUUUGAUGAAUUCAUGGAAAUGAUGACUGGCGACUAGACUUCAGGCUAAUAAAAAUUGUCGACGUUGAAAAUUAAGUAAACUUUAUUUAUACAUUUUUAAAGAAUCUUUCAUUUAAGUUCAGGAAUUUUUUCAC